AUGAACCUAGCUAAUUUUGAGAUCAACGGCGCUUCCUUGAAAUUGUUUUCCGAUGCGGCGGACUCGGAAACACUGGCCCACAAAGAACCUACCGUCACCUUGACCGAAGAUACACAAUACACCCAGAAGCCGCCUCAUUUCCCCGUCAACCUCAAUGACCUUGAACUUGUCGCUCAAAAUAUUCUAAAACCUAGUACUGAAGCACAUCUUUCGUCUGUUACCGACGACGAAUUGACCAAACAGCAGAACGUCAAGGAGAUUAAGGCAGUGACCACAUUGUGCACUAAAGCUUGUUGA